AUGUGCUUCAAUACUUUUAUCCAACAUAUCAAAGCUGAAAAGUACCGUCAGUUUGGCUUCUCCUUCAAGCUAUUAAAUCCUAUCCACUGGUUCCAAUUCGCUGAUGACGCAGCCGUAAUCACUGGCCAAGAAUCUGAAAACCAGCACCUUCUAAAUCGUUUUUCCAUCUGGUGCCAAUGGUCCAAUAUGAUUAUCAGAGUCGAUAAAUGUAGUACCUUUGGCAUCAAGAAAGCCAUCACAAAAUCAGUCCAAUAUUUGCCGAAACUCAUCAUCAGCAAUAAUCUGAUACCAACAGUAAAGAUUGGAGAAGCAUUUCAAUAUUUAGGAUGUUACUUUGAUUUUAACAUGUCGAACGAUAACCAUAAGACUGAACUAACCACUCUCGUUAACGAACUAAUGACUGAUAUUGACUCGAAGCCACUCCACCCAAGAAAUAAGCUUCUCGUAUACAGUCGUUAUGUCUUAUCCAAAAUAUCGUGGCAUUUCACCAUCGCAACACUUUCGAAAACAUGGGUUAUUGAAAAUAUUGAUCCCGUAGUCAACCAGUACAUCCGUAAAUGGCUUGAAAUUCCAAUUUCAGGAACACUAA